UAGGGCUCAACAACGUUUCAAUUCGACGGUUGCAGAUUUUGAUGAGGCCAUCAAGCUUGAUCAAGGGCACCGCCGAGUCCAACACUACAAUUGAAGGAGCAAACUAAGGACAAAGAAGAUGCAGAUUCUAGGAAAGCAGAAACAGAAGGUUUUGAAUUGAAUCAUCAACGACUUUCCCCAUGGCUGGAACAUCAUGGUUGGUGGACAAAAGUAGAAUUGCAACCAAAAUAAAAUGUGCAUCAGGAGCUUGUGAUCCUGGAAAGGUUAUAUGGAAAAGCAAUCCUACCAAGCCCUGCCCAAAUUGUCAACAUGCUAUUGACAACGAUGAUGUAGCACAAGAGUGGCCUGGCUUACCAAAAGGUGUCAAAUUUGAUCCAUCUGAUCAGGAAAUAAUUUGGCACUUGCUUGCAAAAGUUGGGGUAGGAGAUUCAAAACCUCAUCCCUUCAUUGAUGAAUUUAUUACUACUCUUGAAGUGGAUGAUGGAAUUUGUUAUACUCAUCCUCAAAAUUUACCUGGUGUUAAGCAAGAUGGAAGUGCUUCCCACUUCUUCCAUAGAGCAAUCAACGCUUACAACACCGGCACCCGAAAGCGCCGAAAAAUACUAGGGCAAGAUUUUGGUGAUGUCCGCUGGCACAAGACUGGAAGAACUAAACCAGUUGUCUUUAAUGGGAUUCAAAAAGGCUGUAAAAAGAUUAUGGUUUUGUAUGUUAGCAAUGUAAGGGGAGGAAGAGCUGAGAAAACUAAUUGGGUUAUGCAUCAAUAUCACCUAGGAACAGAAGAAGAUGAAAAAGAUGGAGAGUACAUUAUCUCUAAAGUGUUUUACCAGCAGCAGCAAGUCAAAUUGGGUGAUAAAGAUGAUAAAGAUGUUCCUGAAGCCACUGAAAUCAAUGAAUCAACAAUUGUGAAAGUGGAUCCAGUCACUCCCAAAUUUGUGACUCCUGAAACUCCUUGUAAUGAAAGGUGGUGUGCAGAUCUAGACCUUGGACAAGAAACACAUAACAGUCCGCAGCUUCCUCAGAUGGAUUGUUUAGAUGAGAUUCAAGCUGAUUACCAAGACCUUGCAAAUGAAUCAUCUAUGGUAGAAACUCAACACAAUGAAGGGAUGGAUGAUAAAGAAAAAAAUACCGAGGAAGGCCAAAAAUGGUGGGACAGUGAGUCACAGAAUCUGUUGGAUUCACAACAACUGGUCGAGGCACUAUCACUGUGUGACGAUCUACUCCAAAGCCAGUCUCCCAGUAGAGAUGGAAAACAUGAAGAUCAUAAGAACCAACCCGGUCUUUCUGUUUAUGCUCAGCUAGGACCAGAAAAUCUGAAGAAGGAUAUUGAAGAGUGUCAAAAUCUUGCCCUUGAUAAAGCAAAUAUAGAGAAUGAUACACCUUCAGAGUUUCGACUAAGUCAGCUGGAAUUUGGUUCACAGGACAGCUUUAUUUCCUGGGGCUAUGGCAAGGCAGUGAACUAAUAUGGUUCUUCACCUCAGCUGGGCAAGCUGAUGUUUUUGUAACUACAUUUUGUUGUUGAGAUUCCUUUCAAAAUUAUGGGCUAAUCCUUUUCCCCUUUUGGUUGAAGGGCUAAACUCAACUGUUGCUCCUUUGCUUGACUAAUUGAGCUGUAAUGUUAAAGCAAUGAACUUUGUUGCUUGAUACUUUGAUCAAGUAGUAUUGUAAUUAUACCU